AGAUGACGUAAUGCGAAAGGUCGCAACAUGUAAAUUCCAUCUGGGACGGCCACCGUUGUUUGAUCAGGGAUUAAGUAAUUCACGUGCAGCAUAUCUCUAAGCAUAUCGUUGAUCUGAGCGAUGGAUCUGAGCGGGACGGAACUAGCAUCGCUGGUGCAAGCAUGCAAAGAAGUGCAUGCUUUACCACCACCUCUAACAGACGACCAGGCACAUGCUUUCUUCUCUGAAUAUUCUUUGGAGCGGCUCUUCAGGGCUCUGUCAGCAGCUCAAGACAGGGAUGAUGUCUUGCUGGUGUCUGAUUCGCUUGGGAGGCUGCUGGAAACAAACCUCGGCCACUCUAUGCUCUCUACUGCCGUACCCUACUUGGACGCUGCCAGUACGGCCCCGCUACCGCCGCUCCGCCGACUGGCGGCCGAGCAGUACGGCAACCUCCUCAUGGCAAGAGUACGACAGGAACAGCGGCAGCCAUUAACAACAGUCGCUGCCAUGGACGGCGGCAGCAGCACUGGCACUGACGACGACGAUAAUGUCACUACAAAUUGCCUGGACCAGCUAGUACGGCUGUUGACCGACUCGGAUACGGCAGUUGCGACGACAGCUGCCCGGGCGCUCAAACUGUUCGGCAGUAGCAGCUACGCAGCGUUGCAGCGCUUGCUGGGGCCCGGUACGACGGUGGCGAGGGCGCUGCUGGCGGCGGCGGCGGCGGACCGGUACGGCACUGUACGAUUGCGGGUGCUGGCGUUGGGGCUGCAGCUCGCCGCCGCCGGCCGCGGACAUCACCGUACGACAGGAGCUAAUGCCGCCUCCGCUGCCGCCGCCGCUGGCGGUCUUGAGGAGCGGCUACAACUGCUCCGGGACUCGGGACUGCUGCAGCCGUUACUGCAGCAGCUGGCGGACCCCUCCGACGCACUGGCCUGUCUGGCGGCGCUACAGCUGCUGGAGGAGUUGCUAGCUGGCGGAGGUGAGGGAGGUGAGGGAGGUGGAGAAGAGGGGGGAGACGGGAUGGCGGCGGCGCUGGCGGGUAUCGCACUGCCGCAGCUGCUGCAGCUGGUUUCGGAGCCCAGCCUCUCCGACGCCGCCAUGCCGCUGGUAGCGGGAAUUGUACGGCGCAGCCUGCCGGAGGCGCUGCCGGCGGCAGCGGUGGCGGCAGCCUUUGCGAACGGUACGGCAACGGCAACGGCGACGGAUCAGCAGGGACCAGCAAACGCCUCGGCUGCCGCCAACGGGGAGCAGGAGCUGAGCAAUGGUACUGCGGCAGGGGUGACGACGGCGGCGGCGCCGGCGGGGUCCUCCUCGACGGGGCUGCUGGCGGCGCCGGCGCUGCUGGCGGCGGUACGAGCCGUACUGGACGACUCGGGCGAUGCGAGUGCGGCGGCGGAGGCGUGCGGGUUGGACGCGCUGGGGACGCUGGGGCAGUCGCGGGCGGGGGCGCAGCUGGCCCUAACGGACGAGGCGGUGGUGCGGGCUGCAUGCGAGCGGGCUCUGGGUCGCUCCCCGCACCCCGAGGUGCGCUGCGCCGCGCUGCAUGCACUCGCCUCGCUGGCGGGGCUGGAGAGGGCGGGGCGGGAGCGCUGCAGGGCGGCGGCGGUGCUGCCGGAGCAGUGCGAGGAGCUGCUGCGGCGCUGCGUGUUCUCCGCAUGCGGGCUGCGGCGGCGGCCGGGCGAGGUGCUGGCCGCGGGUCUGAGCCAACCCUUCAGGGAUCUGCGGCUGGCAACGUACCGCUGCAUCGCCGCACUUGCACUGCGCAGCUGGUUCGCCCUGGAGCUGCUGACGUCACC